UUUCGGGUUUUCUCAAAUUGUAUCUUAACAAAGGUUUAUUAAAUAUUCAUAAUUGCAGAUAUCAUGGCAUGACAAUAAAACAAACGCCAUGAAUUUCAGGACUGAUUGUGAUUUAUACAGGAAACGAUCCUGAGCAUGGUUGACGUCAAUAACAAAUCAGUAAUGACAGCGUUCCAUAUCCCAUGUUUGUCGUCUGCGCUAACAUCAUCAUAUGUUUCAUGUUCUCUAGGUGGUAAAAUAAAUUCUCUAGAUUUGUCUCCAUGUGACAGUGACCCUUGUGUACUCCAUCAUGGAACAAACUACACAGCAAAAGUUAACUUCACAGCUUUGGAAAACUCAGUAGCAGCAAAGACGGUUGUACAUGGAAUAAUUGGCGGUGUGCCAGUGCCAUUUCCGGUCCCUUCAGACUGCUGCAACAACCACAACUUGAAAUGUCCCGUUACUUCCGGUGUAACUGACUUGUACACUAAUUAUGUUUACUGCAGUCCAUCAUACCCACAGUUACGACUGGCUGUGAAGUGGGAAGUCCAAGAUGAUAACGGCAAAGAUAUUUUCUGCUUUAUUGUUCCUUUAUCCAUACAGAAUUGACCAUAACAAUUGUUUAAUCAUCCAAUAUACAUGUAUGUAUCAGUCACUGUAUUGUUAAGUCUAUAUAGGUUUUUUAAGGUUGUGAUUGUUUCGUUAUACAUGUAGUUAUAUACAAUAAAAUAUUAUGUUUU